UUCUCCGUGUCAGUUUAAGAUCAGCUCUAAAAGCAAAUAUUGCAAGAGGGCCCAGAGGAUGUCCAAUAUCUGAGGAACCUGUGAAGCCUACGGAUAAAAUUGCGGAAGACCUGAGCAGAGCCCGACGUGGAAUGGCUGAGAAAAGGAGAUCGCCAUCUACAAUGAGUUUGAAGGCUCACGCUUUUUCAGUGGAAGCGCUGAUCGGAGCGGAGAAGAAGAGGAAAUUGGACGAUUGCUGCAUGAAUGGUGUUGAGAUAAAAGAUGUAAUAACAAGCCAGCCUGUGAAUGCGUCGGGGAAGGACAGGAACUCAGACGACGAGAGAAACUGUGGCACAGACUACAGCGAAAGAUCGGUUCUGAACGGGGACGAUGCACUGGAGUGCCCUUCCCCUCCAAUAGUCACUAAGGCCUAUAUACCGCCCAAGUGCGGCACCGCUCGAGAGGAUAUUCACGCCGAACUACAAGGUGCUGACCUGUGGAAAAGAUUUCACGACAUCGGCACGGAGAUGAUCAUCACCAAGGCGGGAAGACGAAUGUUCCCAGCUAUGCGGGUUAAGAUCACUGGCCUGGAUCCCCAUCAGCAGUAUUAUAUCGCCAUGGACAUCAUUCCAGUGGAUAACAAGCGUUACAGGUAUGUGUACCACAGCUCUAAGUGGAUGGUGGCCGGAAACGCUGAUUCUCCAGUCCCACCCCGGGUCUACAUCCACCCUGACUCUCCAGCCUCGGGAGACACCUGGAUGCGUCAGGUCAUCAGCUUCGAUAAACUCAAACUGACCAACAACGAGCUGGAUGACCAGGGACACAUCAUUUUGCAUUCGAUGCACAAGUACCAGCCCCGGGUGCACAUCAUUCGGAAGGAGUGUGGAGAGGAGCUGUCCCCCGUCAAACCCAUCCCAAGAGGAGACGGGGUGAAGCACUUUUCUUUCUCAGAGACCGUCUUCACCACCGUGACCGCCUACCAGAACCAGCAGAUCACCAGGCUGAAGAUCGACCGCAAUCCGUUUGCAAAGGGUUUCCGUGAUUCCGGGCGCAACAGAAUGGGAUUAGAGGCGAUUGUGGAAUCCUAUGCAUUCUGGAGACCCUCUUUGCGGACCCUCAGCUUUGAAGAUAUACCUGGAAUUCAGAAACAAGGUGGUAGAGUAACUUCAACUGCCCACCAGAACCCAGGAAGCGGUGCUCCAACACAUCGUCUGCCUGGCUCUUCCUGUUCCUCACCAGCUUUCCAUCUGGCACAAAAUGGUGGCCAACUCUGCAACCUGAGCCCAGCAGACUUCACAACCUGCAACCGCACAGGCCUGGCUUUUAACAGAUACAGCAGCAGUCUUGCCGAAACCUACAACCGCCUGACCAGCCCGGGCAGUGAAACAUUUGCAACUCAGAGGACACCUUCCUACAUUGGUGUGGCUAACACUGCAAGUGUGAACAUGUCAAUAUCAGGCAACGAAGGAGAAGCAUUCAACUGCCACCAACCUGGGUUGCCAGUGCCAAUCUCUGGAAUAUCAUCUCCUCAGCUACAGUACAUCAUGCCUUCACCAUCAAAUAAUGCUUUCACUACCAAUCAGACCCACCAAGGUUCCUACAGUACCUUCAGACUGCAUAGCCCAUAUGGCUUAUAUGGAUAUAAUUUUUCUACUUCUCCUAGACUGGCCGCCAGCCCUGAGAAAAUAAUUUCUUCCCAAGGAGGUUUUCUGGGUUCGUCUCCCAGUGGUACCAUGACUGAUCGGCAGAUCUUGCCCACUGUGGAUGGGGUGCAUAUUCUUAAUAGCAGCCAGCAAAACAUGUUUGACACACGGUCUUUAGGGAAUUUAACAGCUUCACCAUCUCAGAUUCCAGCACAUUUGGUCUGACAAGAUAGCUGUGCUGCCUGAAACUUGCAGUGUUACGUAAUGAAUUAUUCAUGGAGAUCCUUCCAUUUAUCAACACUUUCCCCAGUAUGAAAUGCAUUUCUGACCAGUGCCAAUAGUAGAACUUCUACUGAUUAUGCUGGGGAUCAGAACAACGUUAGACUUUGCAUCUACUGAAGUGUUUGUUCCCAUUGUCCUAUGGCGUGUCAGGUGCAAUGGUGCUCCAACUGUGCUCUCAGAAGAGACUCAAAGGACAAAGGAACAAAUGAAGUGGAAAAGAAGGCCAGUUGCUUUCAAGAGUCACUAUUAUUGACUAUGUAUCUUGUAUAUUGAUGCCGUCUUUUGAACUGGCAAUUGAAUUCACUAACUGUGGCAGAUAGUGAAUGGACUUGGUUACAAUGUGAAGUCGAUCAAGACGCUAGGAUGCAAAAUGAAUCUGUCUCAACAUUCAACCUCACAUAAACUUACAAGCACCGUUCUUUGGCCAUCUGGUGGCUUUUCUUCCUUGCCUUCAACUUUUUUCUUGGCAGCCCUGGGAGUGUUGUCCUGGAGUGACAUAUAGUCUUAUAUACUUUGGCUCCUUUCAGUUCUCACCAAGUAACCUUUCUUUUCCAUAAGUCUAAACUGUGAUUGUUAAUAGACUGCCAAAAUACUGGGUAUCACCACAGCAAAGGCUGAUCCUGUCUGAACCUGAUGGCCGCACAAGUGCACUUUUCAUAGGAUUACGUGUACAGUGACUUGUAUACAAGCAAUGCUACAUGGAUGAUCUUCCCCAUAUAGAAAAUUGAUCUUCCCUUUAAAUAACGGUCUGAUCUCUGGAGCUGGCCCUUAAAAUCAAGGCGCUCAAUACCGAGUACUGACCAUUUCCACAAUCUUCUUGGAUUAAUCUUUACUAUAUCCAUGGAAUCAAGUUUAAAUAAUAUUUGAUUUCUCUCUUCUCAUUUUUUUUACAUUACACUUAAAAACUGCCUGUUUAAAACCCUUCCAAUUUAACGUAAAAGAUGACAAUCAACAUGUCAAUUUAUAAGGCAGAAACAAAGAAGUGAUUUAUAUUAAUUAAGAUGUAAUCCUGUAUGAAAUUCUCCCCAAAAUAUAGAAAACAAACUAAAAUGUAGGGAUAUACAGAGUUACUUUCAUUUUAUGGCAGUAAAGUAAGCAGUGCAGUUAUUCGGGGGAAAUACGAUAAAAUAUUCCAACUUUUGUACAAUCAGCCAUGCCUUCUCUCAUGAUUGCCUUUGGGAAUAAUCACAGAGCCAACUUAAGGGCUAAUAGUUUCUGAGAUCUCUCCGAUAGUAUAAGUACAGUUUGAUAUACUAUUUAAUUGUAUGCCUAUACAAAGGGAUCUUAUAUGUCUACAAUAUCUGGAAGAUUAGUUUCCCUAAUUAUGCUGUUUGGAAAUGUAAAAUGUAAUUCCAGAUAGCCAAUAAAUACAUUUGGCAUCAGGUGGUAAUUUUUGAGAAUCACAUGUCAAAUGUACUGUAUAGAAUUAAUAUUACAUGAAAAAUAUACAAGAUGUUCUCCCUUAUUAGUCUGGGAUAAAGCAAUUAAAAUAAGAGACAACAAUGGAUAGCUUUGUGACAGACAUAAUACAUAAGCAAUAAUUACAAAUGUUGUUAAAUCUAAUCCUAAAUAAGAGACAUAGGCCGGUGCUCAUAAAUUGAUCAUGCCCCCAUUUUGAGUAGCUGCUAAAUUUAAAAAAAAGAUUUUCAACCUAACUCUUAGUAAAUGGUGACUGUAUUAUCAGAGAUUAAUGCCCUGGAAAUAUAAUAAUACCCCUCAUAAAAAAGCACUUGAAAUGACUACAAUAAAUAAUAAUUCACAAAGAAUAUAUCUGCAAAUUAUCUCCCAUUUGGGAAGAUUUUUUUUAAUUCUCAAGUAUCUUGGGGUUAUAUAUGCAAUAGGAUAAAGAAAAUAAGAUAUGAUUCAAGAUUAUUUCAUCUUGCUUACUCUACUUUGGGAAAUAUAGAUACAUAUAUUUACAAGAUUCUGGUGUUUGAAGCAAUUUUGCCAGUUUAAGAGCUGCAUGAUAAGGUCUUUUAAAAUAAUAGAGGUAAUUUGGGUAAGAUUAUGUUCUUAUUCCAUAGAGUACAUUACCAGCAUCACAAGGACUACAAUCUUUCACUCCCUUUCUGAAUUACACCAUACCAUAAGUGCCAAACUUUCUUCUCGUUUCGUUACUCAGCAGUGAGGACAUACGUCUAAAUUAUCAAUCGUGAAUAGCUUUGUCAAAUAUUGUUAAAAAGCUGUACUUUGAAAUUGUUUAGAAGUGUAAAUAUGUAACAAUGAUACUGCAAAGAUUUACUGGCAAUAAAAAA